GAAGCAGCAGCUAGGGCUUAUUUAAUCCAUCCGUACACUUGUCCUCCGCCUUCUCAUUUCUCCGGCCAAACUCAAAUUAUCCACACCACCACACUCCGUCGUACCGUCUUCCACCGCCGUCGUCCUCAUCUUCACUCCGGCAGCUUCACCUCCAUCUAUCAAUCCUCAACCAUUAAAGCAGAUGGUUAGAACAGUUAAGAAUCAUAAUAAUCAUCAUCAGGAAGAAGAAGAUGAAGAGGAUGAUGAAGAUUAUAUUUCAAGAGCUACUUAUGCUUCCUCACAUAAAGUGAAUGUAGGUGGGAGUGGAAGUGAUCAGAAAAUGGAUUCUUAUCGUUCUAAACAUUCCGAGACCGAGCAGCGCCGAAGAAGCAAAAUUAAUGAGAGAUUUCAGAUUCUGAGGGACCUAAUUCCUGAAAAUGAUCAGAAAAAGGACAGGGCUUCAUUCUUGUUGGAGGUUAUACAGUAUAUCCAGUUUUUGCAAGAAAAGUUGCAGGUGUAUGAAGGAACAUACCAAGGUUGGACUCCAGAACGUUCAAACUUGAUGCCAUGGUUACAGAGAGGAAAUUGUGGAACAGAUAAAUUUGCAGAUCAACCACAACCUCUACAAAGUGGUUCUAUUGAAGAGGGACAUGGUGCCACCCGAGCAGUUUCUGUGGAUAUGCCACUACAUCCAAAUAGAUUUCAAGCCGAGCCUUCUAACACGCCUCAAGGCUCCUUUCCUAAUUUUGAUCCCUUGGCAUCACAUUUACGACCUCAAUUAAUGAAUGCUGCACCUCCUUCGAGUGAGGAUACUAUUUACCACUGCACUUCAGGAGAGCUGGAGGAACCUAGCAUAUCAGAUACCUAUUCCAAAGGGCUGUUGAAUAAUCUGACCCUGACAUUGGGUUCUUCUGGAGUUGACUUGUCACAAGCCAGUAUUGCUGUGCAAUUAGAUAUCAGAAAAGGGACAAGUAGCUAUACAGCUUCGACAUCGUCAGGGGUCAAGGAUCAUGGUAUUCUAUCUCUUGGUAAUCAAGCAACGACACAUUGUGGGGUUAGGAGAGGAGGUGGCAUCUGCAAUCAAGCGCACAAGAGGCCGAGGACGGAAACAAACGAGUAAUUACUUCUUCCUGCUAAUGAUUAUUAUUAAGUAAUUCCUUUACGAAAUAUGGAAGGCUGUUUCACUGUACAUGUCCAGGUUUCUUUUAGAAAAUAGCUUAAAUCUUUUUUGAAAGGAGCUAUGUAUUUACUUUAUUUAUAGUCGUAGGCUCUGGUUGCAAAUUGGAAAAGCUGUUGUUUUGUAUCUAUUUAUGAAUGAAAUUGUUGCCAUUCAAUC